CAAAAGGUCACUGGAGACCGACAGAUAAUCCAAAACCCAUCUAAAUAUUUUAAAUUCCAUUUGGAAGCAUCAAGAAACAAGAAGAGUGAGCUGUGCACUCUCGGAAACAAAAAUAGAGAAAAAAUAAGAGGAUUGGAGUGAUUUAUAGUGGUUUGAUUGGUCGUUGACGGUGUAAAACAAGCGAGGAUCGCCGGAUGUUCAACAAACUGUCACUUUCAUGGUGGAGGACAGCGUUUUGUUGACGUGUAGGGAUGGGCUGGCUUAUGUUGUUGGCAGUGGUGCUAGCCCUACUAAAACUUUUAGGAGUUACACAAGGAACUACGGAACAACCUUCGGAACAGUUGCCCCAAAGUACUCCGUCGCCAGUGCCGGGUAUACCGGGUGGGGGCAUUGGGGGCAUACGGCGGACCCUCAGCGGUUGGCGAGAAUGGAGAAGAGCGGAUCCCACGUUGAUCAACAGUCUGUGGCGGAGCAAGAUGGGAAAUGGUAUACGAAAACAACUAGGCAACGCAGAGGUGUACAUCAUCCUGGCCCUCUUGAUCGGCGUGGUGACCGUGGUGAUCGGCUGCUGGCUCUCGGACAAUUGCUGGUCGCCCGAUCCGGAGACGGGCGGCGCGGUGACGCUGGCCUGACCGCCGCCCAGGGGCGUCCCCGGCUUGGGGGACCCCCGCGACGUUGCCGGCGCCACCGUGGUGGACGUCUCUUCGGGCGACGACGACGAAGAGUGCAACUCUUCGGGUGGCGGGGGCGGACGCUCUUCCAGUCCGGAGAGCGACUGGCCCCUCGUAGAGGUAUCCGAAAGAGAUGUGCUGAACCCCUGACACCACGCCUUGUGCGAAAAGAAUGGUGCCGUGCUCAUGGGUGACCACUCGCCCAUCGAGGAGUGCGAGCUGCACAAGACCACCAUCACCAACCUGGCUGCCACCGCGCAGCAGCAACUGCUGGAGAACGGCCACUGUUGCCAGAUACUGAUGCCGGAGGACAACAAGUGCGAGGUGCACGACGGCUGCGCAGCUGUCAACGGUGUCAUCUACGACGUGUCGACGACGUUGAUGAUGGGCGGCGUAAGGGGGGCCGGCGAGGACGCGCUGGGGAGCUGAGGGUGCGAUGGGCUAAGUGGUGAAAGUAUGGACUGCUAUCGAAUCAAUGUUUGUGUCUCGUGAAGAGAUGGUAAGGGGGAUACUAUUGGUUGGAGGUAAUUAAAGAUUAGACAUCAACAGGAAAACGGUAAUAAUAAAAUUACAUUUGAUUUUUAAUACAUUGGGGUGGCUCUAGAGAUAUAGAGAUAGGGGGUAUGAGCACGCAUAGUGAUGUAAAAUUACCAG